AUGUUCAUCUCCAUCGCGCUCUACCUUCUCCCUCCCCUCCAUCUCUUCCUCUACGUUACUGCUACUACAGAUUACUUGCAGCGAUACAGUCCCACUGAUCUAAUACUCCUUAACUGUGGUGCAUCCUCUAAUUUGUCAUCUCCUGAUGGUCGUGGUUGGGAUGGUGAUUCCCAGUCUAAGUUUGCUGCCUCUAACCCCCCAGAAGCCUCAUCUGUGUUUGAAGCCUCCAAUCAAGACCCCUCUGUCAACCAAGUCCCAUACAUGACAGCCCGUAUUUUUCACUCUAAAUUCACUUACACAUUUCCAGUCUUGCCUGGCCCAAAAUUUUUGCGUCUCUACUUUUAUCCAGCUUCUUACUCAAAUCUUGAUAUAUCCACAUCCUAUUUCUCGCUUAGUGCCAAUAACUACGACCUACUAAACAACUUUAGUGCCUCUCUUACAGUUUCUGCUAUAAGACCUCCAGUUGACUACUUCACCAAAGAGUUCAUCAUGACCGUGUGGGACAACCAGAAGCUUGAAUUUGUAAAGAUAUCAACGGUCCUAAAGAUGCCAAAAUUAACCUUCAUUCCGUCUCCAGCAUCUUUUGCCUUCAUUAAUGGUAUCGAAAUCGUUUCCAUGCCAGACAGCUUCUAUGCUCGUGGCGAUGAUAAUCCACUGACCUAUGUGGGCUCCGAUGUCUUCUUCUAUCUGUAUAACACAACUGCGCUUGAGACAGUCUAUCGACUGAAUGUUGGGGGGCAAGAUAUCAGCAGCACAGGAGAUACGGGCAUGUACAGGACAUGGCAUCAAGAUUCAGAGUAUCUCUUUAGACAAUCUGGAAACACUCCAUAUCUCCCAGGCGUUAAGAUAAAGUACACAACCAAAACGCCAGCUUACUCCGCACCUGUUAUGGUAUAUAGUACUAUGCGUUCAAUGGGUCGUGAACCACGUGUUAACAUGAAUUACAAUCUCACAUGGAUCAUCCCAGUUGAUGCUGGUUUCCAUUAUCUCCUUAGACUCCACUUUUGUGAGUUUCGAAUGGAGUUCAAAAGUGUAAAUCAACAGGUAUUUUUAAUAUUCAUCAACAAUCAAACAGCAGAGUAUGAUGCAGAUGUGAUCCAUAUGAGCGGUGGAAACGGUAUUCCAGUUUACAAAGACUACAUCGUGCUGGUCCCUCAAGGGAGCCAGAGCAAGCAGGACUUGUGGCUCGAACUACUCCCUAACAUGGAACUGAAACCUACUUAUGCUGAUGCAAUCUUGAAUGGCUUGGAAAUAUUCAAGCUGAAUACAAACAGAUGA